AUGGUACAUGCUUCGUGUUUGCAGUUUCCCAGCUUCAAAUAUCGACAAAAUGGUAUUCUCUUUAAUUUUCGCCAUGUGCUACUAGCUGAUCUAACGAUCAAACCUUACAGUUGUUCUCAAUUCGACAAUGGUAGAACGGACAGGUUUUAUCAUCUUCACCUUGUGGUACUUGGGGAUCGCAAUAAAUUACUAUCUGUAAGUGAUCGUUACUAUUAA